AAAACUCAGGUGUAUACCCAAAACAGGACCACUUAAUUUUUUGACUGUUCUCAGUUUACAAGUUUGAAGGACCGAACUUUCAAGGACAUUCAGAGAGAAAUGCGCUAGGUAUGAGGGUUUUCUCUACGUUAGGCGUUUGGCCUACUCGAUUAAAAGAAAGUACAAAUUCCUUAUGGAUUCCUGGAUUUUUAAGUUUCAAACCGGCUUUGGGUGUACGGUUUGUCUCUGUGGAUCUCAACGGAGAUGAAGAUAAGGUUGGAAGUAUUACGAUUAUUUAUAUUUUCAAAGCCAGUUGAUAUUCCGGAUCCGUACCGUAAAACGAAAAAGAAAUGUUUUAUUUGUGAAAAGAACAUUCCUUUAGACUACAAGAAUGUUCGUUUAUUAUCACAAUUCGUUUCUCCAUACACUGGCCGUAUCUACGGGCGACACAUUACAGGAAUGUGUAUUCCAAUGCAAAAAAGAAUAUCCAAGUUAAUUAUAAGGUCUAGACAGUUCGGUUUCAUGCCUUUCGAAAGCAAAGAAAGUGUCUUCAUUGGCGACCCUAGGAUCACUGUUCGCUCAAAAUGAGAUAUUCCCACAUGUACAGAACGGUGUUUAGAAUACACUGUUAAAAUUAAAUUUGUAGUCUUUUUACGUUUUGAUGGCUUCCAUGAGCUGUAAUAUUCAACUCAAUUGCCUGUUACCCCUCAUGGAAAAGCAUAGGCCACUCACCAGUAUUCACCAUCCAACUCUGUCCCAAGCAAUGAUUUCCAGUUCUUCCGAGUUGUUAUUCAUCCUUUUCAUGUCUGCUUCCAAUUCUCGGAAUAAUGUGUUCAUUGGUCUUCCGCUUUUUUUUCUUCCUUCAGGAUUCCAAGUUAGCGCUUGCCUCAUGUUGCAGUAAUGUAUGUCCUAUCCACCGCCAACGUCUUUUCCUGAUUUCCUCUCCAGUUGAAAGCUGAUUUGUUUUCUGUCACAGUUAUGACUGAUGGUUUCUGGCCAACGGACACUGAGUAUCUUGCGCAGACAAUUGUUUAUGAAUAUUUAUACGUUUUUGAUGAUGGUUGUGGU